AUGUUCAAGAGACUCUGCAAGACUACAGAACGAAAGCAGCGGAGCGACACCAUCUCCCAGCUGAGAUUGACCUGCCAGAGGUUUUACCAGCUGUGCAGCGAUUAUGCUGUUCGGCCCUGCGGCACUUUAGACUUCAGCCGUCCUGAGAGUGUUAGGUUAUUUCGCCAAGUGCUUCACAAUCCUCGAAUCGCAGAAGGAGUACCGGAAGUCAAUGUGCGGCUACAUUUCUAUCAUCCAUGGAUCGCGGCCAGUCUUGACAAUUUCACCGCAGCCGUCUGGUCUGAAUGGAUUCAACGAAGUCAAAUGUUUGAUGACAUAAUUGAAAUCAACUCAGGCGGUCAAAUUACAUUUGAGUACCUGAUUAAACGAUUCGCCAACGACAUUCAGAUCCAUAACGAAUCAACAGAGCCUUCGAUAACACACAACAAGGCGGCCCAGACAAACUGGACGGACGGUAUUCUACAACGUGCCUUUGAAAGGUAUAAGGAAAGUUAUGAUUCGCAGAUGCUCUUGCAUGGGGGCGGCGCCUUUGAAAUCGGGAUAGCUGAGAUGUUGACAAGGCUGCCAAACAUCCGGCACGUCAUGCUCCAUGAUGGCGUUCUCACAAACAACUAUGAUCUCGGCCGCAAGUUCGAUCCAGUUGACGAACAAGACACCUCAGCUCAGGCUGACAUCCUAAUCCAAGUCCUUACGCGGCCAAUGCUAUGGGAGGAAGCACGCUGGAUCCGACCAAACGAAUUCAUCUGGCCUGGGGUUCCGACGAGACUACUCGUCGAUAUUCCUUUAGCCCUAGGCGCUGUAGAUUCACUGCUCAUCGAUCAUCUCUCCAUCCAUGUAUCAGCUGCGCCGGAUUACAUGACUCUGCAACUUAGAAGAGAUGAAAAAGACAAGUUAUCAGAUGCCAUCAAACGACUUGAUCCAAUACAGUUCAGCUUCCGGCCACGGUGCCGCAGCGGUUGUGGCCCAUGGAUUAGAAAUGAAGAGGAUAAUAACACGAUCAGGACAGCGAGUGAGAUGGAGGUCAUAAAUGAGUACCUGGGUGCAGUCUUCAACGCUGGAUGCAUCACCCAUGCUGAUAUAAAUCUCGGCGAGUUUUGGUACAGCCUGGGGCUCGAGUCCAUGCUCGCUGCUCCGACCUCAGUUGGCAUCGGAUUUGUGUGGCCACCGAGCUCUAACUUGCGCUCCAUUCAUCUCAUCGAGAUCUCAGUUACUACUACGGAACUUAAGGCGUUAGCUACAACUCUCGACGUUGAAUCAGAGAUUUCGCUCUUCAUGGUUCACAUCAGAGUUGGCUUGUGGCGAGAUGCUCUCCAGGCAUUGAGAAACGGCCUCCGUGAUCCGCGGUUGGUUUCUAUCAGACAUCCGAUGGGCGGUGAAAUUCGGAAUCUUUCAGGUGAUCAAGUCGAGUCAACCUUUAACUCUCAAUACACGGCGGAGGGCACAAAGGCUGAGUGUUAUGCAAUGGGAAGAAUGUUGGAUAAUCCACUGGAUGUCACUAUAUAG